AUGUCUGAUUCUACCUUUGAAGUCGAAUUGCAAUGUAUGGUAAACGGUUGCGAGCCCGGAAAUUCAUCGCCAGACGGUGUAGUCUAUUUGGACGGCAUUGCCGUCUGUGAGGGGCCCACACUUGACGGGCUGCUGCUCGCUGGGUGCCAAACUGACGGGAACGCGUUUCUUGAAAAAAUAGACCAUUUUCUCCUCACGGGAGAUUGCACUUUGAACUCGCUUGGAAGGAUGGAACACAGGGGAGUGACAAGUUUUUGGACCUCCGGAGCGGGCACGGUGCGGUACGUUCACGAGUCAACUACUUACGAGUAUAAUGUGCACACACGUAAUACCACUAUGGUUAGCACAGAGUCUCCGGUUGAUGCGAGAUUGCCCCCCUGGAUUGCCCAAGACACUUACAAACCAAAGUACUAUAAGUACCAUGAGAGUGGUAAAGUGUUGUUCGAAAUACGGAGAGAUCGCACCACGCAAGUGUUGGAGAAGAAGCCUAAAGAUUGCACCGUUUACACUUUUGACUCCCAUGUGAAGAAGUUCAAAGUGUACCCCUACCACAAUGACCAGUGGACCCACUACGUGGUAGUCUUAACUAGGGGGACAGUAGAGGCGUCCUUUUUCAGUCCAGAACAAGGACUGUUUCCAAUUGGAUGUCUUCACACUGUAUACCCAGCGAUCUACGAUAUUCAAUUUAUGAUUCAAGAGGGCAAAAAUGAUGACCUUCAAGUGUUACUAUUCACCAUUGAUGGGAGGGUCUUGGUAUACGAUAAAGACCUUACCACACGGCACCUCGUUAUCAGUUCACGAAAGGGAAAACUUUUAUUCAAGGUCACAAACGACACAAAGAGUGUCUGCAUACUCUACAAUCGCGAUGAACUGAUUAUCGUGCGGUCUACAAACUCAAAACAUGAUUCUUUUGCCGAUAUGAAAACAUAUUACAAAAGGGUAAGACUUCAAGUACGCCCGGUCUACGUUCGAUACUGCGUUGAUACUAAAGAGUUUUUUCUUUUAGAUGAGCAGGGAACUUUGCAUUCCAUUACCAUAAGGGAAGGUGUUUUGGAUCCUUCCAAACCGGCAAGAAGUCGAUUUGAUUUAUCUUUAGCUAUCCCCAUCAAACUGAUUGCUGUUGACUGUAAUCCACGUUUGAUAGUAGCAGUAACGAGAACGAAACAAAGCUUUCCGGACUUAAUAUUGUUUGAUUCAGUUGGAAUGAAAAAGUUAUUCAAAACGACAGUUUGCAAAGCAAGAUCCACUAAUAUACUUUUGGAAUCGAUCCCUACAGACUACGGCUUGAGUAAAUCUUCUGCGUGCCAAUAUUUUGUUUUUUACUUUAUCAAGUUAGGCACACCUCAGCUAGCAUUAUUAAAAUAUAAAGGAGGGAAGAUCCACAUUCUCUCAAUUGAAGAAACGUCGUGUUUGGCUUCUUCUAUUCUAGUGAAUUCCAUAGACAAAAAUAAAAUUGUCGUGCAUCUCGUUGGUAAUAUGGUAGAAUCGUAUAACUUUUCGGAAAGCGGAUCGCAACACAACAAAACCCUAACCAAGAUUUCACCCAUAGCCGAGAAAACACACCAAAAAGAUAUGCCAUUUAUGACCGGUGCUUAUAUGGAGGAUAAGGACAUAGUCCUGAUUAAUGCUUUUAGUGGGUGCCAAACUGGUAGUUCCUCAGACAAUCACGCCGCAGGUAAUCACCCAUUGAACCAUUUCACACAAAAGAGGUUCUUACUUAAUGGUAUCAUUACAAAAGCCGCUCAUAAACAUGUCAACGAUUUGGAAACCGCAGUCCAGUACCCACAUCAAGGAACAUAUCAUGAACCGUGCAAUGGAUUGGACUUUGCUAUGAUAACGAGGGGGGGUAACCGGCAGCAAUCUGCGUCUAAAAGAACAUUCGUUUGCAUGGCCACUUCGGAAAACUGUAUAAUAAUUACGGUGAACGAAAAGGAAGCUGAUUCUCCGUUGAUGUCAACGUUUCAGCCGCAUUUGAGGGUCGAAACUCCUGAAGCGAUUGUAAAUGUGGUUCCGCUUCCAAAUGGGUUUGUGGGAAGCAUGUUUAAUGGCAAUCAGGGUGCCAAAAGACCGCUCUUCCUUUUAUUUGGAGAGUACGGCAGAAUAUUUUUGCUUGCAACGACGGUUCACGGAGAAAAUAACCCCUCUAAAUGCGGCAAAGAUGGGUCUCUAGGAAGCUGUCUUGAUACAGUCAGUUUGGGUGUAUCAUCAUCUAUUCAUUUGAGGGCAUCUCCAGCAGCCAUAUAA